AUGCUAGGCACAAAGUGCUUAGACACCUCGGAAGAGGGAACGCUCCCGAGGGGGGGGUCACCUAGGGCAAGUGCGGAAGAGGACGACCAGCACAUAGAGAGGAAAGAGCAACAGGAUGGGCCUGGCGAUUUGCCACGAGAGGCGGCAAAUUUUUUUCCUGCUAAACAUCCCCAGCCAAAUGUCGUGUGUUCCACUGGUCCCUUUCCAUGGCUUCCUCCGCUACGCCUUAGUGAAUCCGUGAAAACAGCCAUCACGUCCAGCCUAGGGCUUCCAACUCUGAGAAUCGGCGCUGAGUUACUAGAUGUUAUCCGCUCAAAUCUGGUCACAGUUGUCACAGGCUCUACGGGGUGCGGGAAGACCACCAUUGUGCCGCUGCUUCUGCUGCUGCAGCACACUAAUGCCAGGCUUCUCAUUGCGUUGCCUCGGCGUAUUGCUGCACAGAUGGCUGCAGAGCGUCUCAGGCAACUUCUGGGCGAGGAACGACUUGGGCAAACGGUUGGCUACCACGUUGGUCAUGAAGAACCGUGCAAGUCAGAAGCGACCCGUUUGAUGUUUGUGACUGCGGGGAUGCUGCGGAAGUACGUCACUAGGGCCUUACGACAUUUGCACAUCAUUGGGAAGAAGCCGCAGUGUCGGUUGGAGUGCUCUUCUGACGGAGUGUCAUCGAUGAUGCACACCAGUUUUCGUUCAUCCUUUCCGUAUGAUUUCGUCCUGGUGGACGAAGUUCACGAGCGUACUGUCGACUGUGAUAUGUCUUUGUUGCUGCUUAAGUGUCUUGCUGUGAAGGUAACAGCGGCUGCCUCCGUCGCUAGAGCGCCGCUACCUGUCUUCCGAAUAGUUGUCAUGUCUGCCACCAUAAGCGCCCACGACUUCGCCACAUUCCUUGCGGGGGAGAGUUUGAACAUGUUCGAGGCAGAACACGCAGCAUGGACCGACCAGACCCUUUUGCUGCGUAUCAGAGGAACCUUAAUGAAAAGCCAGCUUCCCCAUCUCCCAAAUAAAGGCCUCAAUGAUCAGCGCUGUGAAUUAGGGAGGCGCGAGCGUCUGAUUGGUUUAGCGAGGAAUCUGUCAUCACCCCUUAACGAGCUUGUGCACCUUUGGAAGAACCGUCGCUCUAGGGAGUUGGUGAACGUUUUUAAAGAUCAGCAGCGUUCAAUGAAGCUGCGUGGCGCUUGCGGCAUGCUGCAGUGGAGGCACGUAUCCGGCAGCGCACGCGUGAACGCCAACUGUGUAGAAGUGGCUAGGCGCACGAAUUUCCCCGUCGAGGAGCUCUUCUGGGAGGACCUGUGUGAUCUGGCAAGUGCGUCUUUGGCCUCUGCAGCCGCGGAUCUUUUGAGUCUUGCUGCCAGUCCUACUCUCUUGCGCUGCUUGGGAAUAGAUCCUGACACUGGCUGCCCGUUUACGCCGGCGGGAGACGUGCCCCGGAGUUUCUUGCACGCAUGCAAACCGCAGAUCUACCCACAAACUGGCAGUGCAGAAGAUCCAGCGGAGCCUUACCAGGGAGAAGGUGCCAGUUGGUUGGAGAGCGAAUACGACACUAUGCCUAGCAGGAAUGACUACUGCUUUGAAAAGCCCAGGCUUAACUUCUCGUGUCUCGAGAAAGCGUCACGGCUUUUGAUGUUGAUCCAUGUUCAGUGCUUGCUUCGAAAUGCGCCCCAGCUCGGAGUCCUCGUCUUCCUUCCUGGAAAGACUGAGAUAUUCCGCAUGAUGAGUGCACUGGAUCAUGCGAAAAAUGAGGCAGCUGCAGCCUUGGAAGCCAUGGAGAAUGCUCGAAGAAGCGGCACAAGGCCUGACUCCCGGGGAGAGACGGAAGACUCCGUAAUACGGCUGCGAGUUGAUGUGCAGGUGCUCCGUAUUCAUAGAGACGCAGAAACAGAUGAUUUGAAGCAUGCAAAACAGCAUGCUCCAAGGUCUACGUGCAUGAAGAUCAUCCUCGCAACAAAUAUCGCGGAAAGCAGCAUCACCUUUGUCGACGUCUGCAUUGUUAUGGACUUCGCUCUCGUCAAGGAAAAACACGUGCACUCUGUAACAAAGGCUCAUCGCCUGCAGCUGCGAUGGGCAAGCCGCGCGGCUUUGGAUCAACGCAAAGGGCGAACAGGACGCGUCAGAGAGGGUGUUUAUAUGUGCCUUAUUCCGCGCAUGCUUUACGAGGUGCUUGAGCCAUUUCCUCUGCCAGAGCUGCAGCGUCUCCCUCUGGAGGACGUGCUCAUAGACACCAUGGCUGCGCUGCCUGCAGAGAGCAGUGACGCGUCUUUGUUUUUCCUUUCCCAAGCUCAGGAUCCUCCAGAUGUGGGCAAGGCACACGAGGCCCUUUGUAGCAUGGAAGCAUCAGCACGAGGGCCUAAGCUGCAGACGUCCUCCUCCCCCCCCGACGCAGUGGUGCUGCGUUGGCUGGUGUCUCGUUCAGCCCGUCUAGCUGCUGCAGGGUGUUGCACGGCUCCCCUGUUUCCGGAGGCUGCAGAGGCGCUGCAGCGCAUGCGGCCUUAUCGGCAGUUCAAGCGGGAGCCUGUGCGACGGCGGAACGUGAAGAGAGAGGAGGGGAUGCCGUGGCAACAAGCUGCAACAAACCCCCGUACGCCUGGCGGGAAGCCAAGUACCAGCGACACCAGCCGUUUCAUGUGGGGGGAGUUCAUUCCCUGCGACAUAUGCGUGGACGUGAUGGCGAUGCUGCAUCUCCACCGUCGAUUCGGCGACUGCCUAAAGCACCUGCAAAGUCACUUAAUGGCGAGGGGGACGCAGCUGCUGCCAGACAAGCCUGCGCAACGAGACGGCAGGCAAAGAAAGUAUACUGCAGCCGAGAUGGGGGAGUUGAAGCGCUGUCUCGCGGCAAGCGGAGUGUCCAUACAAGGCGUUGCCGACGUGGCGUCUCAGUAUUUUUCGAUAGAUCGCAAGCUGGCAUCUCUCGAAUUCGCAAACGGCCUCAGCGGCGCUUCCAGAGCAAUGCCAGCCUCUGUAGGAGCAGCAGGGGGGGAUCUUCAGGGUGAAGCCUGCAUGUGGACGUCGAACGCGCAGCUGGCUGGAGGCGUCGAGAGCCUCGUCUGGCGUCUGCAGCUCGUCCUUGCCGCUGCCUACAUGCCUUUCGGAUUCAGCCACAUCCGCGACAGCUCCAUGCAGGCACCCUUCAACAUGAGUCAGGAGCGCAGAUCGCAUUUCGCCUACAACGUCUUGUGCUACGAGGCCUUUCGAGAACGUCCAGAUCUGCUGCCCAGCAGCGGCGCACUCCAAGAAGACUCCGCGGCAGCUUCUCGCGCUGCUUUGUCUUCGUCCCCCUCCCCGGCUCGUGGAAUGCAGAAUGACUGCGUCUCGCCAGCGGCAGAGCGGCAAAGCAAGUCUGCGACUGGGGAACAGGAUGCGAAACAGCACACGCCUGCCUGCCGCUGCGCAGCGGUGCUUUGUGAAGGCGGCACUGACAUUCCCUCCCUUCGUCGGGGUGACUUGGAGGCAGAAGUCGAUGUCAGUCUCGCCACGAACGCGGAGCUGAAUCGGGAGCGCUGGUCGCAGCUGCACUUUGUCCACAAGGCGCAGCAGCUGCUGCGCUGCAGCUGCAGCGUAGCCUUCCGCGUAAACCUGGCUGCGGCGUUGCUCCAGGAAACAGAUCCGCAGACUCUCUUUGGAAUGCCUCCGCACGGCUGGGAGGGCUCACGCUUCGUCCUGCAGAACGCGAAACUUCUGCUGUGCAACGCCUUCAAAACGUGGAUGCAGCGCCAGCAGCAAGCGCACGCAGCUCUUGGCGCGGCGUUCGACGCGCUGUGUGUCGAAUUGAGUGCAGGGGGCAUGUUGGAAGCCUCUCAAGGAGGAGCCUGGCGGAAGGGCCUGAGCCUCCCUGCGGCGCAGAUCCCCCAGUCGGCUUCUUCCCACGACGAAGAGGGCAGCAGCAGCAGCGAAGCCACUGCAUGUGUCAGCAAGUGGCUAGAGGUCGUGCGGGAGCUCGACGCGCUCGUCGCGCGGAGUCUCCACAACGCUGCAGCUACCAGCAAGACGCGCCAGGUGAUGAAGUCGCUGUUCGCGCUGCUGCUUCGAAGGCCAAACGAAGUGCAGCAGCUGCUGCUUCAGCAGCGAGGCGUUUGGUCGGCUGCCCGUUCGCAAACUGAUGUGAUGGAUAGGGUGCGCGCGGAGCUCGCUGCAGUCCUCACGCAUCCGUCGACUGCGCAGCAGCUGGCAAGCGCGCUAGGACCCCUGCACUUUUUUUCUCUGCGUGUCGACUUCGGCGUUCCCCUCGCGGAUGUGCUGCUCUGCGAGGGGUGGAUUUUCGAUUUUUCCCGCGGCAGGCACUCUGGAGAGCAGACAGGCCCCUUGCAGAGAGUGCAGGAGCUGCUGCUGCCGCUGUUGAGCGCUGGCUGCCGCGCGCUUCUUCCCCUGGAUAUUCGAGGCGCUGCGGAAGCGGUGAAGGAGUUCUACAGCAGCAAGCAAGUGCGUGCGUGUCGGCAGCAGGCGCGCGGCACCAACACCAAGAGGGCGAAGGGAGAGGGGCGACUGCGCUUCCUCGCGCAGCAGCGCGAGCUGCAGGUUCCGACUUUCUCCGUCUGGAGGUCGCUCGUGGAAGAAUGCAUAGACGCUCUGGCAGCCUCAGCGGAGACUGCGCAGCAGCUGGCAAGCGCGCCUGCGAAGGCUGAUGUUGCCUCUGCCGCUGCGCCCAGCGGAGAGCUGAGACGCUUGCUGGAAGAAGCGGCGAAAACCACGCAGGUUGUGAGCGCGUAUUGGAGACACUGCACACUUGACCAUGCGCAGCUGAACGCGAGGAAAUCGCAGAUCCUCGUUUUCGGAGACAGCCACCGCAGAGCGCUUCUGCAGUGGCUGCACAGAGCAGCGAAUGCCGUCACUUUGGCGACUUCGAGGAAGAGGCAAGGCGAGAUGAGAGGACCUGAACUCGAAUGCAUCAGUCAGCCGCUGUGGGCUUCUACGCUGCCUUUCGCCGACAAGCGCAGCAGCACUGCAGAACCGCUCGCAGGCUCCCACUCGUCUGCUCUCCUUCAGGGAGAAGCGGCUGCCUCGCAGAAGCCACCUGCACCAGCAGAUAGACUCCUCGAGGAGCUCCUGCUGGAAGCGGCUCAAAGCACCCAGGCCGCUGCUGGAGGCGCAGACAUGCAGGAAGCUUGUCUCGGAACGUUUGCGUCUUUGGCUCUCUCCGCGUCGGGCAGGCUUCUGGAGAUGCAGCACGCGGAUUUCGAGAGAGCCGAACGACUUCUUGAGGAGAGAGACGCAGCGGAAGAGGCCCCACAAAGAGGGAGGCUGCUGGAUCCUACUGCCGAUGCGAGCGACACGGGGGUGUUCGACAGAGCGUCUCGCCAUCCGCUUGCAGAGCCGUCCUCAACACUCCUGUCGAGUCGAAACGCGGCUUCUUCAAAUCGGCGCAGACAGAUCUCGAGGGGGAAGGGAUCUUCCCUAGAUCCCCACUCGCAAACGCAGAGCGUUAAGGACGAAAAUCGCACCCAGCGUCCCCUCGCCCACUGCUCCAGACUCCCAGAACAAACGCAUGCCCCUGCUGGCAGAGAGCUUCCCCCCAAGAAAGAGGUUUCCGCUUCAACGCUCUCGGGUGCCUCCAAGGAAGUUGUGCAGGAUAGGCAAGGGGGGGGAGACCACUGGAUUAGAGAAGAGCGCCGCUACGCCUUACACGAGGGCCCCUUCUUCAGUGUUUCCCAUCGCUUCCUGAAGGCUUUUCUCGCGCUCGAUGCGGAGGGAAGGAGCAAGCGGAGACUCACGGGGAGGCCAAGUACCGCCCGUGUGUGCCGCAUUGCGGAGCAGUCGAUCCUCCACAGCAAUGGGCCCUUCUAUCCGGAGAGUCAGUCUCGAGAGUUUUUGCUGCUGAGUCUCAGCGAGUGGGAUACGUCUGCAGGCCUUGGCAGCGGGGGGUCCGACGUGGUGGCUGCAUCUUUGCUGCCUCCUCUUCCCCAUCUGGAGGAGCUGCUGCUGUUUUUGUUGGCUUCGGCAGUCUCGCUUUUCGUCUCCGAAAGCUGCCUCUGCUACUGCUGCAAAGUCUGCCCCUGCAACCCCCAGGGAAGGCACGGGGCCCUUAGCGGAGCCUCCGAAGCAGAGACUGGAGGGAAAGCGCGCUGUGCGGCUGGCUUUGGCAAGAAGGCAGCCAGGAAACGCUGCUGCGCCUUCUGCAUGCAGCGUGCUGUGUGCUACGCGACGGUGUCUUUUGGAGGCUUCAGGGAGUUCGCCUUCGUGCCGCAGUUCCUGUGGAAAGAGCCGGAUAUAGCCUUGCUGAACGAGGCGCGAGCUGCCCUUGACAGCGUCUUAAGACCCGUCGCAGACAUUCGCGUGGAUUGGGGGGGGGAGAGGUGCGAUUUCGAUGACGGCGCAGCCGCCAGAACGCUCGCGACAAAGGCUCAGGGGUCCGGCAACUCGGAUAAGUUCGCAGGCACAUGGAUCGAGGACGAAGAAGAGGAAGACGAAGCCACGCGCCACGUGGCUUGCAUGCACACUCUUGAAGAACCUCAACGGGGGCACUGCGGCUCUCAAGAGCAAGCGGCAGCUGCGGCGGGGGCCUCCCUCGACAGCCUUUUGGAGCAGCUCGUGAGGCCAAAGACGCGACUGCAGUACACCCAAAGGCUUGGAGCCACCACAGCGACUGCGCAUCUGCGCUCCAGAGUGGGAGCAGAACACGAAGCAGGAGCAGCAGAGUUGCCGAAGGCUGAAAACCGCAUCCCUGCAUCGGCUGCAGACACGCGUGGCUUCGCAGCCCCCUGCUGGGAGAAGCUGGACAGAGCUAAGCAGCAACGCGAGGAACGCGAGGGGGAGUCACAGCUUUCUGCGUCUUCUAUAGCUGUUUGGAGUACACAGGGGGCGGCUGUGAGUAUUUCGCCGAGCCUUAAGGCCUCUACUGCAGCUGUUUCUGCAGCUGUUUCUGCAGCAGCCUCGCAGCUUUCUGCGCCCCCGCUGUCGGAGCGCACUGCUGAAGCUGCGUGUCAGACCUCGCCGGAUUCCACAGUCGGCUGCUCGCUCGAGGCACCUGGAAGGCUCUGGGGAUGGGAUCCUCUGGCGAAAGCCUUGGCAGAAUCGCUGGAAUUCGCAAAGGGUCCGCAUGCGUCGAAGACUAUUCUGCUCCCUGAGAGUGCAAAGCCCUCCAUGUGGGGCCUCCCAGUGUCGCUGUUGAUGUUGCAGCAUUCCGAGCAAAAGCUGCCUCCCCUGGCGGGCGGGAAGGCAGCAACUCCUCCCCCGUGGCAUGCGCUUUCGCCGACAGAUCGGACUGCGUGCGUAGAACGGCUGCUGCUGCAGUGCGCCAACAGCUGCUGCAGGGUUCCCCUGGGUGUAGUUGCAGAGCUGCAGCGGGUUUCGAUCGAGCAGCUGCCAAGCGCAGUCCCCUCAUGGGCAAUCCUAGCGCUGAAGUAUCUGCUGGAAGAGCUUAGUCCUUCCGCGGAGAGGCAGCCAGACGCAGACGGCGACGGCCCCUUUUCUGGCGAGACACCACAUGGAGGGAGGGGCACUGCGCGCGAGCUUCUCUUGCCGCUAUCCAGGAGAACUCACCUCAAAGGGGUGAGCGUUCAGGAGACUCUGCUUCAGUGGCUGCAGGAGACUCGCUUGCUCACACCUACGCUGGUGGAAGAACUGCGCAGUACUCCCAAAACGGCUGAACAGCCCGAGUUGUGGGUGCUCGAUACGGAGAGGGCAGAGCGCAGACGGAGGAGUAGCUGCUCCAGGUGCUACUGCGAGGGACUGCUUGUUCGGGAUGACGCAGAACGUUGCGCCUGCAAGAACUGGAGCUGUGUGAUAGGCUGCCGCUUUCCGCAUCGCCUGGUCCCCUUGCUAGACGAUGAGAAGGCCUCUCUGGCGAAACUGAAGCUGGAGAGUCGCUUGCUCUUGACGCCUCCGAGUUUGGCCUUCGUUUGCACUUACUUGCAGCCUCUGCUGCGCACUCGCCGUCGUCUGCAAGUACUCCUGAGGGCAAAGCAGGAAGAAACCUUCAAGCCAGGAGACGAUCCAGCAGUCGUUGCUCAACAGAACCGCAUGAAGCAACAACAGAGCCACGCAGUAGAUCAACUUGUCGGCUGGGUAUUGUGCGGCGGCCCUGUCAGUCAUGUCGUAGGCUUUCGAAUAUUUCAGUAUCAUGUGUUUCCUUCGGACUCCCUCGUGGAUGUCGGGGGGCAUACGGAUGCACAGCGAGUUUUCUUCUGGAGACGCGUGGCCUCUGCCCUUGUGCCGCAGAGGAUCCCUCUUGAAAGACGACUGAGGCAUCAGGGAGGCAGUCGCCAGGCUGCGGCUACCACGCCUCCGACUGACAGUGUCGCGCCGUUCGCUGCAGCUGCUGAAAUCAUCUACAAGUUCGAGCAGAGCGUCGCCUUAUCCUCACACCUCGACAUGCAAAAGUCGGCCGAUUUCGUUGCAUACUUAACAACAAUGAUCGCGCGGCGCUGUUCCUGGAGAGCCGAAAAGGCACACCUCCACGAUUCUGAAAUGUACCAGAAGUUUAUGUACGAAUUCUGGGAUGCCGACAAGCCCCUCACCGUUCCAGGGGGGGAGGUCGGUGCAGAGUGGGGGGAGCCGCUACAUGAUGAAAACGAACAUCUGAGACGCUUUGCAGAGUGCCAACGGGGGAGGCCACAAGGACCCCCAGUCCGUGUGUCACAGCAGCACCAGCAAGGACCCCUAAGCAGCGCCAUACGCACCAUGCUUGCACAGACUUCGUCACACCUGCAAGAGAGCAUUAUGCCUUCUGAUCUUUUUGACUGGCAGCAGCGUUUGCUAGAGAAGCAGAGGCGUGGAGUCUUGAGGCAUCUCGACUCGGCACUCGCAGCGCUGCCUGAAGACUGGGUGCAAGGGAAAUGGACUACGGAGAGAGUGAUGCAGGAGCAGUGCGCUCUGUGGCGUUGGGCAGCAGACGAAGAGGACAUUCAGCAGCAACGGGAGGCGGCAAGAGCGGCACAGCAGCAACGGGAAGCCGAAGAAGAAAAUAAGAAGAUGAGCAAAAUCAGAAAGAGGAGGAGAGAACUAGAAGAAGCUGCCCUGCAGUCCCUCACAGACGACGUCUUUCAAUUGUUUUAA